AUAAUGGCUGUCAGCAAUAUGUCUGUAGUGACUGAGUACAUUUUCCUAGGACUAACAGAUUCUCCUGAACUGCAGGUUCCUCUCUUUGUGAUCUUCUUAGUGAUCUACCUUAUCACCCUCACAGGAAAUCUUGGGAUGGUUGUGUUAAUCAAAACUGAUCCCCGACUUCAUACGCCCAUGUAUUUCUUCCUCAGCUACCUGUCUCUUACUGAUUUCUGCUACUCCUCUGCCAUUGCUCCCAAGAUGCUAUUGUGUUUCUUAUCUCAAAGCAAAGUCAUUUCUUUCAAUAGUUGUGGAGCCCAAUUUUUUUUCUUUAGCUCCUCUGUGGGUAUAGAGUGCCUCCUGUUGGCCGUGAUGGCAUAUGACCGAUAUGUGGCUAUCUGUAACCCAUUGCUGUACACAGUUGUCAUGUCCCAAAGAGUAUGUCUCCAGCUGGUGGUUGGAUCUUUUCUGGCUGGAUUUGUAAACUGAACAAUCCACACCAUUUCAAUAUUUCAGUUGUCCUUCUGUGCCUCCAAUGUUAUAAACCAUUUCUUUUGUGAUGUCCCUCCUCUGCUGAAGCUCUCCUGUGCAGACACUUUUGUCAAUGAGGUUGUGAUAUUCACCUUUGCUAGCUUAAUUGAAAUGAGUUGCCUCAUUGCCAUUCUCAUCUCCUAUGUUUACAUCGUCUCUGCCAUCCUGAGGACCCACUCUGCCAAAGCCAGGCACAAAACCUUCUCCACCUGUGGCUCCCACCUCACAGCUGUCAUUGUGUUCUUUGGGACAACUCUCUUUAUAUAUCUGCAGCCCAGCUCCAACCACCACAUGGAUCCGGACAAAGUAGUCUCUGUAUUCUACACAGAAGUGAUUCCCAUGCUGAACCCUCUGAUCUACAGCCUGAGGAACAAGGAGGUGAAAGACUCCCUGAGAAGAGGGUUUGGCAUAAAAAUAUUUAGUUAA